AUGGAAAUCUCAGUGGAGAAGAUCAGCGUCAAGGACGCCAACUACUUCUACGACGCCUACAACGUCCACGUCGAAGACCACCGCAUCCUCACCAUCGUCACCUACUGCGAGGUCACCGCUGGCAAAUGGAUCAAAGACUCCAAAAAAGCCUACAAUUCCAAAUCUCUCCCAAACACUGUCAUCGUCGGCCUCUCUGUUGAACGCCGUUUGGACGAUUACUCCCGUUACGGCCUCCGCGACACUCCCUACCAGCUCCUCCACCUGUGCAUCGGCUCCCAUUGCCUCAUCUACCACCUCCCCGACCUCUACGAUUACCGCGACGUAUCUGUGAAGUUCCUCAACACCUUUCUUUCUGAUCCUAAGGUGGUUGUUGUCGGGAUGGAGAUAAAGGAGAAGGCGAGUAAGCUGAAGAGGGACUUUGGGGUUAAGAUAAAGAAUGUGGUGGAUUUGAAUGAGUUGGCUUUAAAUGGGAUGAAGAGGGAUGAGCUUGAUUUGGGGAGGUAUGAUUUGGAUAAGCUUGCUAAGGCUGUGUUAGGAAAACACGUGGAUGUGGUGAGGCCUGAGAAGAAAAUAGAGUGGUUUACGACUGGGAAGUGGUGUCACUAUUAUUCAGAUGAGUUAAGUCAAGAGAAGGUAUUGUUUACCACUGUUGAUGCUUAUCUUUGUUUCUGGAUUGGAUCUGAGCUGUUUGAUAUGAUUCAUGGGAAUGAUUCCGCUGCUGCUGGUUCUUCCCAGAAAAAUAAGAAGAAGAAAAACAAGAAGAAAUAG